AUGUUUCUGAAAAGUUCGUUGGUAAUUUUUUGUGUUAUCGUGGCAGUUGUCUCAAAGAAUGUAUCUAGGGUAGUCAAUAUAGAGCAAGGACCAGUACGUGGCUAUAAAUAUGAAGGUGACGGCUUCUACUCAUUCUAUGAGAUACCUUUUGCGACAAUCAAGGAGAGGUUUCAGCCAGCAGUAUCACCAGAACCGUGGACGGAAACCUUCGAAGCCGUAAAGAAAGGAAUAAUAUGUCCUCAAGCUGAAGUAGUUUACGUGGAUCUAUCAGAUAAAAUAAUGCAAGAAGAUUGUUUAGUUAUGAAUAUAUUCGUUCCUGAUACUGAACAAGAGAAUCUACCAGUGAUGGUAGAUAUUCACGGCGGGGCCUAUUAUUCCGGGUUGGGCAAUGCUCAUAGAUUCACAGACUUCGCAGCGUUAAACAACGUUAUAGUGGUCACUUUUAACUACCGUAUUGGGCUACUUGGGUUCUUAUGUUUGGGCACUGAGAAAAUUCCCGGCAAUGCCGGUAUGAAGGAUCAAAUUACAGCCCUUCGCUGGGUAAAACGGAAUAUCGCUACUUUCGGUGGUGAUCCCAAUGACGUAACAAUAACUGGAUGUAGUGCAGGCGGUUCUUCUGUUGACUUAUUGCUUGUAUCAAAAAUGUCCGAAGGUCUAUUCAAUAGGGCUAUACCUGACAGUGGCUCUAAUCUUGGAUCGUUUACAGUUCAAUUCGAUCCAAGCAAACUCAAAGCCCAAAAUUUUAAUUUUACUAAUUUCAAUAGUUUGGAACAGCUAGAAAACUUUUUCUUAAAUAUUUCUGUAGAAACUAUUCUUACUAGGCCCAAUAUAAAAAGACCAGAUGGACUAGUUGAAUAUGCGCCAUGCAUUGAAAAGGAUGUUGGGCAAGAGGUUUUUUUACAUGACGCACCGUACAACAUUCUUAAAAGUGGUAAUUUUACCCGCUACCCGACAAUGUAUGGUCUAACCAAUAAGGAAGGGUUGAUGUCUUUAGGCGACUUUAACCCGUGGAUUGAUCUAAUGAAUGAAGAUUUCAGUGCAUUCUUACCUGGAGACCUUAAAUUUGAAAGUGUAGAUGAAAUGAAAGAGAUCGCAGAAGCUGUUAAGAAAUUUUACUUCGGUAAUAAACCAAUAGAUAGUAACAUGGAUAUGAAUUUCGUUGACUAUCAAACAGAUACUCUGUUUGUUUAUUCAAUGUUGAGAAAUAUUCAGUUACAAAUAGCCGCUGGUGAUACUAAUAUAUAUUUAUAUGAGUAUUCGUAUUACGAAGAUGAUUCAGAAUUCCAAGGUGCAACCCAUUGCAGACAGACCAGAGCUGUCCGUGAUGAAACAGAUGAUGGAUUUUCACAAGAAUACAUAAAUAUCAAAAGACUAUUGAGGCAGGCGUGGAUCAAUUUCAUUAAAACAAAUAACCCAGUUGUCGAUAGCUCACCAGUACCUUCUUGGCCCAAUGUGAACAAGUACGGAUCGCCACACUUAUCCGUGGGAAAAAACAUCGAGCUACGACGACCACUGAUCAAGAAAAAGUUCUCCUUCUGGAACAGUAUCUACGAGAAGCAUUACAAAACUCCACAACCACCAAGGACAUUUACAUUGAAUUCGGAGGCAAAGAAUUCAUCGUAGAAGUACGGAAAUACUCUCAACACAAACUCGUGAAGGCUGUUUUUUUUCAAGUUAAAAAUAAGAUUGUUACUAUUAAACUCAAUUUCAAAUUUUUAAA